UGCGCGAGGCGCUCUCUCAGCCCCUUACGAGGUCACUCUAGACGACGACGAGGGCGAUAGCAGCGACGAGAUUGCAGAGAGGCCCAAUCUCACAAACGCAAAUGAGACGACCGUCGCCUCAGCAGAUGCUAGCGAGUGGGAGAGGCACAUCAAGGAAUCCAAGAACAAGGCAGGCGUAUCAUCCAAGCAGAUGCAAGAUCGCAUCGACAGCCUGCUGCAAGAGCGCGAUGACCUCAAGAUCGAAGUUGACAGUCUGCGACGUCAUUACAACCCUAGCGAAGAAGCCGCCGAGAUCAUUCGCCUACGUCAGGAGAAUACUCGCGUCCUGCAACAUCGCCUCACGCUCACCAAUCUCGUCACUGCUCAAAAGAAGACGAUCAAGGACCUCAAUAAGCAGGUCAAGACGCAGUCUUCCUCGCAGCAAGGAUCGACGGAUCGCGAGACGCGGAGGCGAAUGGACGAGAUGGAAGAAGGUCUACGUCUGCUUGAUCAGCAAAAGGACGAGGAAGCGCAGGCAAGGCAGCAAGCAGAGGAUGAGCUCGAACGACUUCGCGAACAGCUGCUGCGUUCUGACAACGAGCGCAACGACCUUCAGGCUGACAAGGAGGACCUCGACCAGGAGAUCUACCGCCUCGAGAAGCAGCGAGAUGAAGCAGAGGAGAAGCGCGAGGCUCUCGACAAAGAGCUGCGACAUUGGCAAGAGAGCUGUCGAGAGCAUGAGGACAGAAGACUUGCACGAGCGACACCGGUCAGAACUCGAUCGUCUCGAGGCUGAGCUGGAGCAGCGCAUUGAAGACCACCAAAAGACGCAGCAAGAGUUGCAGGAGGUACGCGGUCAGCUGGAAGCUUCAGCAGCAGAGGUUGCCGUCUUCAGGGGCGAGGUCGACGCACAGCGCAGCGCCGACGAGAAUAAGUACGACCGCCUCCGCGACGAGCUUGCUGCCAAGUCCAACGAACUUAUGCAACUCGAGGAAGAAUUCGAGAGCGCUCACGAAGCUCGCAAGCAGAUCGAGGAAGAGCUGGAGGAGCUACUCCAAGCCCGCAAGCAAGACGAAGUCGAGCUGGCUGACCUGGGCGCACGCUUCGAAGACUUGGCACGACAGCUCGAGGAGAAGGAGGCCGAAGUCCUCGAAUGCAACAAGGAAAUUGCUCAGCAGUCGGAAGCCAUUCGACGCCUCGAGGACGAGCAAGAUCUCAGCAUCGCCGACGCAGAGGAGGCAGAGCAUUUCCGUGCAGAAGCAGAGUCAGAACUCGAGUCGCAGCGAGAGCAUUACGAGAUGAAGCUGGAGCAAUUGAAGCAGCGACUCGCCGAUGCCGCUGCUGAGAUGGCCGAGACUGGAGAGCGGCUGCGAAUGUCAGAGGAAGAUGGCGAGACUCUGCGCGAGAAGCUGCAGACAUAUCGCGAGACGCUCAAGCAACGCAACAGCGAGCUCGAAGCUGCGCAAGAUCACACGGCUAAGCUCGAGGAGAAGUGUCAAGACAUGCUGGCCGACCUUCAAGACGAGGAGCGUCGCAAUGAAAGUCUCGCUGCCGAGUGGGAGAAGCGCAUGGCCGACAAUGAAGACGAUCUGCGCCGCAUCAUCGAGGAGAAGGAAGAUGCGCUCGCCGCAGCCGAAGACGAUCUGGCUCAUGCGCGUAGAUCGUUGCGCGACCGCGAUGCCGACCUGGAAGCCCUGCAGAAGGUCCUGCAAGCCAAGGAAGAUGAGUCAGAGAAAAUGGGACGGUCGAGUGCUACGGACAAGCACUCGCUCAAGCUCGAAGUCGACCGACUCAAGCGUGAUCUAGAGCGUUGCGAGCAGGAUCUGGAGCGAGCAAGGGACGAGGUCGACCGCAAGGAUGAGGCGCUACGAGAGCGAGCGUCCCAAGUCAACAAGCUCUAUUCGGAGAGUGCCGAAGCCCAGGCCAAGCUGGCCACCGAAACUCAGACGCGGCUGGGUCUCGAUGAGCGCAUCGCUGCCCUCAAGACGUCUUUGCAAGAGAGCGAGCGGGCGUUGGCUGACGCUCGCGGACGUGCCGAUACCCUAGAGAAGAAGUCGCACGACGACGAGUUGUCCAUCGAUCGCGCCGAGUCGGCAGUCAGGAAGCAGGUGCUCGAGAGGAAUAGCCUCCUCCAAGCCAUUUCGCAGCACAUGAUCCAGAUCCUAGGCGGCGUAGAUGACGCUCGCAAGCGCUCUAAUGAGCCUCGUCCAAGUAGCGAUUUCGGCGCCUUCCACGCCUUGCUUCUCGGCCGCGUACGCAAGCUGGUCGAGAUCAAGUCCAUGUUUGAGCGCCGUGCGUCGCGCAUCGAGGCGCAAGCGACCGACUCAGUGGGCAAUCUGCGACGCCAGCAAGAGUCGCGCUUCAAGCAGAUUGAUCGCAUCGAGGGAGCUCUCAAGGGUGCGCAGGACAAGCAAUCGGCCUGGCGCUCACGUCUGGUAACCAAGCAGAGCGAGCUUGACGCUACCAAGAACACUGUCGCCGAGCUGCAAUCGCAAAUCUCCUCACUCAAGACGCGCAACUCCCUCUCUACGUCAUCAGAGAACACGAAGCUCACCACGCUCAACUCGCGCGCCAACACGGCCGAAAAGCGCCUGAGAGACGCUCAGCAAGCCGCCUCGCAAGCUGACGAACGUCUCGCCGAAGCCAAGGCCAAAUACAACCAGGGCGAGAGCAAGUGGCUAGCAAGAAUCAAGGAGCUGGAGGCGAGGUGCAAGGCUGCUGAAGAGAAGGUCAAGAGGGAGAGACAGGGUGCCAAGGAGAGGGUUGCGGAGCAGCAGGAGCAGAGAAGAAAGCUCGAGGCUGACGUCGAGGCGGCACAGAGGAGGCUGCGUACUGUUGAUCAUCUGCGCGAGGGGCUGGAAGGGGUUGACUGAGCCCAGUGAGGAGGGUCGCGCGCACUGUUUUUUGAUGCCUUGUACAAGUACUG